AUGUCUCUCGAUAACCCCCUAGUCGUUGAAUUCAAAGAGGUUAAUGGGAGUAGAAUCAAUACAGAUGUCUACCUCCCACAAACCGAGCUGUCCUCUCCCCAGAAGUUCCCUGUUUUGAUCAAUAUCCAUGGCGGCGCUUUUAUGCUCGGUCACUCGCGCAUGGUAUCUAUGCCUCAGGUAGAGGACUGUCUCAAGCGUGGAUGGAUCGUUCUCGUUACCAACCACCGAUUGUGUCCGGGUGUCAAUCUUCUCGAAGGUCCAAUGGAAGAUAUUCGAGACCUCCUGGCCUGGAUCUAUGAUGGUCACCUUGACGCGUUCCUAGCCGAGAAUGGAAACCACCGAGCAGACCUGGAUAACGUCGCUGCGUUUGGUACUUCCGCCGGUGGACAUUUGGCUCUUAGCUUGGGCUUCGACGUCCCAAGAUCCCCGAAGGCGAUUCUCAGUCUCUAUGGCGCCGUUCAUUUCUCCCAUCCCUUCUGGAAAGAACGCAUCCCUAAAAUCGCUUCUAUCCUCCCACCUAAUCUUGAGGAAUCCUUUCUCAACAAAGUCUACGACCAACUCCCAGUACCAACAGACAGCUCCGUCUCCCUGGAAGGUCAAUCCGAGACCGGUGUCUCAAAGGGACCCGACUUCUCUAAUCCUCGUGAUGCGUUCGCCUUUACGCAGAUCUCAACUGGAAACGUUAUCGCGAAGAUCUAUCCGGAUGGCGAGGCAGGUGGUGCAGACCCGGAGUAUAAGCUGGUUGAUCCCGUGAAGAACAUUUCCGAGAAUUUCCCACCUACCUAUAUUGUACACGGACUUGCGGAUGCCAUGGUUACUAUUGAAACGAGCAGAGAACUGUAUAGGAUUCUCCAGGAGAAGGGAAUCCCAUGUGGUAUGACUGAGGUUCCUGGGGAGGAUCAUUCAUUUGCAAUGAAGAUGAAGGUUGGGUCGCAGACUUGGGAGUUACAGCGACUAGGAUUUGAUUUCUUGGAGAAGUAUAUUGGACAGGGACCUCUAUAG